AUGAUCUUAUAUAUACAUUAUCAAAAAGGAACUUUAUUGAUCCUCUUAACCGUUAGUCUAAUACUUUUAACUUCAUUAACUCAAGCCCAGACAAGUUCGAAUAAUUAUGCAUUACCACCUCCAAUGAUUACCGGAAUACCACAGGGACCGAGUAAUAAUACUUAUCCUAACCCUGAGUAUGCAAGACUAGUAGCUUAUUCUUUAUAUUUUUACGAAGCUCAAAGAAGUGGAAAAUUACCUACAAACAACAGGGUAUCAUGGAGACAUGAUUCGGCAUUAAAUGAUGGUCAAGACGUUAACCUUGAUUUAAGUGGGGGUUAUUAUGAUGCAGGUGAUUAUGUGAAAUUUACUUUCCCAUUAUCAUGGACUAUUACAACUAUUGCAUGGGGUGCAUUAGAAUGGAAUCAAGGUUAUCAAUUAGCAAAUCAAACCCAAUAUUUAAUGGAUAUGGUAAAGUGGGGAACUGAUUGGUUUAUAAAAGCUAGUUCGAAUACAAACAGUACAGAAUAUCAAUAUCUAUACGUUAUGGUUGGUAACUUGAACAUUGAUCAUAAUUAUUUUGGACCUGAUACAAAUAUUCCUACUCCACGUCCAUCGUCAAAGGUGGACACCAGUUCUCAUGGAACUGAUGCCGCGGCAGGAGUGGCAGCGGCAUUUGCUGCUUCAUCUAUAUUAUUUCAGUCUAAUGAUUCAAAUUAUUCUAAUACACUUUUAACAUAUGCAAAAAAUUUAUACGCUUUUGCCGAAACAACUCCUUUCACGUUAUAUCAAAAUUCUGCCCCUUUGGUUAAAGAGGGUUAUAGUUCUACCAAUUAUGCUGAUGAAUUAGUAUGGGGUGCACUUUGGUUAUAUCGCGCGACUAAUGACACAACUUAUCUUAACAAAGCAGUUAACUAUUUUAACUCAAAUUCUUUUUCAAAAAAAGUAUUUAAUUGGGAUGAAAAAUCUGGUGGAAAUUAUGUAUUAUUUGCUCAAUUAUUUCAACAAUCUGGUCAAGAUUCAAGCAGGUGGAAAUCUUUGGCAGAAAAAUAUUUAGAUACUAUUAUAAAAACAUCAGGUGGUGAUUGUACAUUUACCGAUGGUGGUCUUUUUUGGUGUGAUGGUGAUAGUGAUGAUGCAUCCCUUACUGUUUCUCUUGGUGCUGCUUUCCUAAGUCUAGUUUAUUCACCAAUUGCUACUUCAAAUACUAAGUCUCGUGAAUAUAUAAAUUUUGCUUUAUCACAAAUUGAUUAUACUCUUGGUAAAAAUCCUCUUAAUACACCAUAUGUUAUUGGUGUUCACCCAAAUUCACCACAGAAUCCUCAUCAUGCUGGUGCUCAUGGUGGAUCUGAUAUGAAUAAUCCACCUCAAACAUUAAAUAUUUUAUAUGGUGGAAUUGUAGGUGGUCCGGAUAAGGGUGAUGAUUUUAGUGAUUCAAGAAGUGAUUAUGCUCACACUGAGGUUGCAAUGGAUUAUAAUGCUGCAUUUCAAAGUUUAAUGGCCUAUCAAAUGAUCAAUUCUCAUACUGAUCCAUAUUAUGUCAAUGUUCCUCCUGGCAUACCAAAAAGAAGAAAAAUCUCUACUGGCGUUAUUAUUGCCAUCGUUAUGUUAUGUCUGUUAUUACUUAUUAUUGCAGCAGUUUUAUUCUGGAAACGAAAAGCAAUUGUUGAUUGGUGGAAACGUCGAAGACAAACAAAAAGUAAUGGACAUUAUGAGUAUGGCUCAUAUUAA